ACCGAUCAGCAGAGCCCCUGGGGACCUCCAGGGAACCACACCGGAGAAAAUAAAGGGCGCUACCUACCUAGGUACCGAAAUACAUGGAAACACAACAUUGUUACCCGCAGCCUGGUUAGCUAUUCAAUUCCGAUCUCCCUCGGGUCCGAUAGUUGCAGCUAGAUAAUGCCUAUAGUACAUGUUGUACUACACCGAUCCCUGGCGAGAAUGUCAGGUCGAUCACCCAUUCCCUACCUAGGUAUAUAAUGACUAGGUGCCUGACACCUCGUCGGUACAACCGCUCGCGCUCGUGGUGUAACCAAAGGAAUUUUUCUCUUUUCUACACCUAGGCGGUUGAACUGCCCAUGCCGUCUAGUUGGAUAGAGCUAGUUCUACCCCAACACAAGCCGAGUCAUAUACUAUAAUGCGCCUACUUGAGAUUCCAACCCUACUAGGGAUAUGGAUUGUCUUAUUGAGCCGGGCGGUAGUAGCUAGGCCCGCACAACGCAGCAACGAGGGUGGCAUAACAAUGCCUAGUGAGUUUAAGACUCUCCAGGACACAUAUCAAAAAAACAUUAGGGCUUCCUUAGGCUCCAACGGCUGCACAGAUAGCAACAUAUCCGUCCGCAAGUCAUGGGAUGAAACCGAUGAUGCAACAAGGACUGACUACAUCCGCGCCGUACAUUGCUUAGCAUCAAGACCGCCAAGAACGAAUACCAGUCUGGCCGGCGGCAUAGUAAACCGUCUCGAUGACUUCACCUACAUCCAUAUCAACCAAACCAAUAUCAUACAUCAAUCAGGUUAUCUCCUCCCAUGGCAUCGCCUCUUCCUUUGGGACAUGGAAAACGCUCUACGAAAUGAAUGCGGGUAUAAAGGACAUCUCCUCUAUUGGGACAUCGCCCGCUUUUCGGAGGAUCAAACUAAGUCGAGAGUCUUCGACGGAUCGAUGACAUCCUUUGGUGGCAACGGUGUACCCGAACCCCACUCACCUGACAACCUUACCAUACCUGGCUUGGCCAUAAAAGACUUCCAACUACCCAUGCCCGCGGGAACCGGCGGUGGCUGUAUCACGGACGGACCCUUCAAGAAUUUUACUAUCAGCUUAGGUCCCGUGGCCAAACCGGUCAUUGACUACUCGAAUGAGUUCGGUUACGAACCAAACCACCGAUGUUUAUCACGAGAUUUCUACGAUGGCACGAGCAAGGGCGUCCUCACAUGGGCCAACGCGACGAAAAUCGUGGCUUCCGAUACCAUACAUGAGCUCCGGACCAACAUCGAAAAUCUAUGGCACUUCAAUUCACACACGUACAUAGGACGUGAGGCGGCGGACCCAUUCAGUACACCCAACGACCCCGUCUUCUACCUACUCCACGCACAGAUUGAUCGCCUCUGGGCGAUAUGGCAAGGUCAAGAUUUACAAAAUAGGACGUAUGCUAUAGACGGCAAUCGGACGUUCUUUGGCAUCCCACUGGAUUAUGCGCCAAACGUACCACCUAGCCUAGCCACAAUAAACGAUACCAUGGAACUGGGCCUAGGGUGGAGGCCCUUGACGAAGGAAGGGAUGCCGAUGACGACAGAUGGACGUUGUUAUAUCUAUGAAUAGAGUCUGCGAUACCAAUCUUAAUGUUUUUUCUAUGUUCCUUUACACUUGGCAUAAUGUUUAUUCAGGUAGAUGCACGAGAUAUGAGAGACGUAUGGCAUAUAGAAUUCUACUAGGUAGUCCUUAGUAUGUCUGGCUUCAUCACGCCACAACAAGAGCACUCAAUAUUACGAAUCGGACCCCGUCGGGGCCUAGAGAUAGGCGAUUAUCCUCGGACAUAAUCCAUUAUGUA